GCGGGAGGCGGGGCCGCAGCCAGGCCCCGCCCGGGGGGGCCGGCCCGGUCCCGGUGGCGGCGGGCGGUGGCGGGGGCCAUGGCCAAGGCCUACGACCACCUCUUCAAGCUGCUGCUGAUCGGGGACAGCGGCGUGGGCAAGACCUGCCUCGUCAUCCGCUUCGCCGAGGACAACUUCAGCAGCACCUACAUCUCCACCAUCGGCAUCGACUUCAAGAUCCGCACUGUGGAUAUCGAUGGGAAGAAGAUCAAGCUGCAGGUCUGGGACACGGCGGGACAGGAACGCUUCAAAACCAUCACCACGGCCUAUUACCGCGGAGCCGUGGGCAUCGUCCUGGUGUACGACAUCACGGACGAGAAAUCCUUCGAGAACAUCCAGAACUGGAUGAAAAGCAUCAAGGAGAACGCCUCGGCCGGGGUGGAGCGGCUCCUCCUGGGCAACAAGUGCGACAUGGAGGGGAGGAGGAAAGUGCAGCGGGACGCGGCCGAAAAGCUGGCCAAGGAACACGGGAUUCGCUUCUUCGAGACCAGCGCCAAGUCCAGCCAGAACGUGGAGGAGGCUUUCUGCACGCUGGCACGGGACAUCCUGCACAAAUCCUUCAGCAAAGCCCCCCCCGGCAGCAGCAGCAGCAGGGCCCUGCUGGAGCCCGGCGCCCCCCGGAAGGCCGGCGGGAGGUGCUCCCUGGGGUAGGGGCUCGGGAGCUCCCCGAGACCCCCGGGGCAGCGCGGGCGCCUCUCCGGAGGGAUCUGGGGGGGAAUCUGGGGGGAUUUGGGGCUGCCCCCCCUCUCUCCUUGUGCCAUAAAGCCCCGCUGUGCCUUG